AUACAUCAUGCAUCAACCGCAAGGUUGAGCCAGCACGCGACAAAGAUAGGUUGUCGCAUUCGAAGAGAGAAGGGUGUAUGGUUUGGUAACAGGUGUCGGUGGCCGAUCGAUCGACCACGAGGACGACGCGCAUGCUCUGAAAGAGGGGAUGGUUCGCUUCCCCGCCCGUUCUCGGCGUCGGGACGCAAGUCCUCGCUCGUUACGACGGCCAAGGGAGUGGUGAUCCAGACGGUAAACUGUGUUAGAACUUGAGUUUUUCGCGUGUGACAUUUAACCUGAGUGACGAAAAACAAAAGAAGGAGAACCAAUUAUUAAACACCAAAACCAACCCCCGGACCCGAACGACAAACAACGGACCGUCGAUACGCCGAAAUUACCCGAAGGAGAGAACAACCGUACGAGUACUAGCUUGAAGCCAAAAGAACCAAACAACCGAAACCGUCCAAAACCAAAUUUUGCUAGAUACGACUUAAAAACCAUGCGAAUCGUACGUCACGCAUGACGCCAUGGUCCUUUCGGCCAGUUCGUUACCUGUUGGGCCACACUCCUCAUCGCUACUUGUUGCAUGAACCUCUCGGCCGUGUGAUGGCGUAGUGGUGAAAGCUCAACCACCUGCUUCCUUCAAACGUUGAAACCUCGACCUCGUUAACAUUAUUGAAAAACGAUAGCCAUGCCGCGCUGCUACAUGAUGAAGAAGAAAGCCUCCAAGUACCAAACCAUGAUCGGGAAAGAAUCCUCCAAGACAAAAGCUAUACACGAACACUACCCGAUCGAAAAGCAUUCUCACGUAGUUUACACUCCGCUUACCAGUCGCCCAAAUCUACCGGAAACAGAAGAAAACAAUCAAUUAAAAUCAGAACAAGAUACAGUAAAUCAAAACUCGGAUGUUUCGUUAUUUACAAGAACUCGUAGUGCCGAAGAAACGGAAGCAGCACAUGAUCUUCUGUCGUUAUCACAAAGUUUACCACCUCUUCAAGCGCCAGGAGUCGUAACUGUACCAGUUAUAAAUGACCAUCCACCAUCACCAACAUCAAAUUACCGACCUUUAUCGCCAGAAACGUCCAAACCUUCAUACAUUAAAAAUAUUUCAACAACUCCAAUAACAACAUCAGUCAAUUCACCUUUGUCAUCUACAAUAACAUUACCACAUAUCCUAUACGUAGUUCAACUUCCGAACACCAACGAGCCGACUCCACCAUCAUCAGAUUGUUCUAUGGAUAGCGAUGAUCCGUUAUUUAUCGCCGAAACAGCGCCGAUUGAAAUGAAAUCGAUGGCAACCACAACCGAAGAUAUUAUUAUAUUACCUCUAUCACCAGAACCUGAGAAAAGAACUUGCGAAAUCGAAACGCAAACUGAUAAUCCAAUUUUAAUGACAGUUCCGGUUGAUGAAACAUCGGAAAGGUUGAGAGAUUCGUCGAAAAAUGAAAGGAGAUGUAAAACAAUACAUAAAAAGAAAAAGAAAAAUCAAAAACAAGAUGAAAAUUCUAAUAGUAGUAAUUUUGAAGUUGAAGCUAUGUUAAAGAAAAUUAAAACGAAGUUCUACUCAGUAGUUGAAGAUGAUCGUACCGCAAUUUCACCAACCGAAGAAACCGAUGGAAAAACUCGAUUUACCUGUACAGUUUGCGGUAAAAAAUAUGCAACAUCAAGUAACUUAUCGCGUCACAAACAGACUCAUCGAUCGUUAGAUUCCCAUUCCGCGAAAAAAUGUAUGACCUGCGGCAAAGCGUACGUUAGUAUGCCAGCGUUGGCGAUGCACGUGCUCACCCAUAAACUGAACCAUAGUUGCGGCAUCUGCGGCAAACAGUUCAGCAGACCGUGGUUGCUCCAGGGUCAUCUAAGAUCGCACACUGGGGAAAAGCCCUACGGAUGCGCCCAUUGCGGCAAGGCGUUCGCUGAUCGUUCCAAUUUGCGAGCUCACAUGCAAACGCAUUCAUCCGACAAGAACUACAAGUGCAACUUUUGCAAAAAGACGUUUGCGCUUAAGUCAUACUUGAAUAAACAUCAGGAGGCCACGUGUCAGAAUGGAAGUUGUGAUGAGAAAGAACCAGAUGAACCCGAGGUUAUCAUCAAUUAGGAUUUAUUAUAAAUUUCAAAUUAAAAUUUAGGGGAUGAAAAAUUUUUGGAUUAAGUUUUAUUAAAAAAUUAUUUCUAAUAUUACUUUAUGGAUCUCAACUUCAAAGAACACCAGUAUAUUUUUCUAGUCAAAAAAGCUGUGUUUUAAAUAAUUUUACAGAGUAAUUCUUAAAAUUAUAAGUACAAACGGUGUAACCUUAUUUCUUGGAUUAUUUUGAAAAGAAAAGUUUAUAUAAACGUAAUUCAUAAAGUCUUUCCCAAAACGUUAUAACCUCUUGUUGUUUCAGUUAGAAAAUGAACUAUGAUAAAAUUAGAUUUUAGAGUGGACCUUUAAAAAAUUGUAACUUUUUGUGGGAUGAUUUUUGAUGACAUGUUUAAAUAAAUUAACUUCUCAAAUUCAUGUAAGGAAUCAGAUGGACUGUGUACCUGUAAUUUCAGAUUACCGCAUACUUAUAUAUUUAAUUGAAUCCUCUUAACACUUUAAAUAUGUAUUUAUUUAUUUAAAUGAUUUCUUAUUUAUUUUAAGAUAGUCAUUUAGAUAGUCAUUAGUCAGUUAUUAGACUGCUAUAACACAAGUUUAUGAAAUAUAGGUCAACAUUUGGAUACAUGAGAAAGAAGGUACUCCUUUAAAUGAAUAUGAAAUAUCAGCACUAUUUUUAUUAUUAAGUCUGGUUUCGAGAUAAAUGCUUCAAUCUAUGCUUUUGUUGAAAACUAACUGCAAAAAGAUGGUUUGAGGAAAAUAAUUAAUAAUUUUGUCAAAAUAAGUCUUAACCAUUAAUCAUGGAGGUGCGAUAUGCGGAACAUAAAUCCUGAGGUGCCGUCUGGCAAACUACUGCCGAUAUUAGGGCAUAAAACUUUAAAGGACUUAUAUAUUUAUUCAACAAUAUUUCUAGAUGACAACGUUAUUGGCGUAACAACAAAGUUUGAAAACAGAGCAUAUCACUACAAAUUAGUAAUAUAAAAAAAUACAUAAAGGUCAGAAAAAACACAUAUUAUAAAGCAAUUGUAAUCGUUGAAUUAAGUAAUAGAUAUCUAUAUAAAGAUCAAAAACUAAAAAUCGCACAUACAAACCAGGGUUGAGCAUAGUAACAAUUACCAGAAAUAAUUCUUAAUCUAUCUUUUCAGUAAAAGAUAUAGAAAAACUGAUACAUAGAAGCAGCCGUCCAUAAACUCCAGUUUCUGACGUUGGAUAUCAGAAGAUUGAAAAAAGUUGUAAUCGUAUAUUGCAAUAAAUUACUUUCAAACACGCGAAAAAUAAAAGAAUAUGUAAAAUUUUUUAGAUCCAACUCCACAGAUCAGAUUUAAAAAUGGAGAAAUGUAAUUGGAAGUCUACUACCUAAUAUAGGAAAAAAUAUAUUCUUCCUUCUUCUAAGAUAGACUCAUCAGUUUUACUCUCGUCUAUAUGCUGUCGUUAUAUCUUUUCUUUAGACGUUUAACACUUCUUCUGCCGUCAGGUGAUUUGUCUCUUGCUACUCGCACAAGUCUGUGGUUGCCAUUCUGUUGAUCCCAUUCGUGUUUCCUGUUUAGUACCCAUUCGUUAAUAUUUUCUAUAUUUUCUUUCUUAUAUCUUCACUUCGCUCCAAAGCAUUUUGAUCUCAGUUGUCUCAGAAGUCUUCUUGUUUUUGAUGUGCCUGAUAUCGUUUUCGCUAAAUAAGUCAUUGACCUUAUCGUUGUUUUGUAUAUUCUUGUUUUUGUGGUUCGAUUAAUAUGUUUGCUUCAUGUAUAUAGUAAAAAAUUAAAGUUUUGUUUAGUUUAACAGAUCCUCAAUUCAGAACCUCGAUUUUCCCAACCCCAAAGAACUCAAGAGCAUAUAUCGUUCCAAAUAUUUUACCAAAAGAAAACGGCAUAAAAAUCUGACAUCCCGCUUCGUGCGACGUUGGAUGAUUGCUGUUUAUCUUGGGAAGAACUGGUUGCAUUACAAGACUUUUGUUAGACGAAGGCCGUGGAGAUAUUGACGAUUCUUAUACAUUAUAGAGUUAUUUACGGCAGAAUAAAAAUAUAUAAAACUUUAGCCACUAUCUCCUAGAUUUUUGUGCUACAUUAUAUGAUGCGAAUAAUUGAUCCAAACGAUCAGCGCUGCCCGAUGUUAUCAUGUGAUGCUUCAAAACGGAAAAUUUCCUCAUCUAAGAAAUCGUUGCGAUUGUAAUGGUACUCCUACCAUCAUACGUAUGUACGUAUGAGUAUGAUGUAAGCUAUUCAUCCGCAUAAAAAUUGUAGUACCGCUUGACAGAAUCAUAAAUUUCUAUGGUUGCAGAUUGUAAGAGAUGUUGGAUGGGAAAUCAAAAAGAACUAUACCGUUAUUUUUACAAUAGAUGAAAACAGGAAUUGAUAAAUAUGACAUAUACAUAUAGUCUAUGGUUGGUUUAAUAAUACAGAAUUGUGUUUACUGCAUCUAAAAAAUGUUGAAUAAACAGUAAAAAAAUUCUAGGUCAUCCAACUAAGAUGAUGAGGUACCAUGCAACUUACAAAUACAGGUGUUCUUAACUUACCUCAUUUUCUUAUGUGUAAGUUUAUCACGUGUGGUAUAUACUCACCGCUAGCGUUUACAGCAAAAGUUAUUAUUACUAAUAACUCCCUUUCAGCAAAUGUUGUGUAUCUAACCUACCUUGCUGUGCGUUUUAUAUUUCUUAUGCAUUGAGCUGAUAUUACCAAAAUAUUAUUAUUCAUUGGUACGGUUAAAUCUACUCUUAACAUACUUGUCGAUUCUGGUGAACGAACUGACUAAUGUAGAU